AUGGAUAGUUUUGACGACUUUGACAUAACGCAAGAAGAUAUAACACAGGUCGAAAAUAUCGAGUUCGAUUUGUUGCAUAGAAGUCUCCAUUUAAGUUCCGACGAAGAAAAUAAUAUUCAGCCUACUCAUUCGAAGCGACGUCGGGUCAUACCAUCUGAUAGCGAAGACAGUGAUGCUGAAACCAAUCGUGCCAUCCAAGACUUAGACAGACGUUCGCCGCCUUCAACGUGGACUGAUCCUAAAGGUAAUCAGCGCACAGUUAUAGCUUUUACUGAGUAUCUAGGAAUGCAGCUCAGCUUACGCAUGGCCAUGACAAACAAAUGCCCAGCUGAUUUUUUUGCGCUUAUGGUGACAGACGAGGUGUUAAAUUAA